AUGUCGAUGCAGGAUGGGGUUAUCUUUGCCUUGGCCGUUCUUUCGACAGUCGCGCGGAUCUGGACAAGAGCGGCCAUUAUCCGCAUGGUCUCCCUGGAUGAUUACAUCAUGAUCGGCGCCCUGCUCUGCGGCACAGCCCUCGUCGCCUUUGUGUGGCACAUGCUCAACUGGGGCCUCGGAAAGCACCUUUGGAACGUGCCCAUGACGCCCGACUUUUAUCCCAACUUUAUGCUCACGAACGUGCUGGCGGCCAUCUUCUUUUGCCUUGCAACAGGCUUCGCCAAGGGCUCGAUCCUGCUCUUCUAUCUGCGCAUCUUCCCCUCGCGCAAGAUGGUCUGGACCGUCUGGGUCCUCUUCGGCUUCACCGUCGGCUACUCGCUCGCCUGCGCCCUCGUCAACGUCUUCAGCUGCAACCCGAUUGCCGGAUCGUGGGCGCUUGAGCACGCGACGACGGCCGUCUGUAUCAACCGGCCCGUCUUCUACUUUGUGCAGGCGAGCCUGGGCAUCUUCACCGACAUUACGACCGUCGUGUGCCCGCUGCCCGUGCUGAAGACGCUGAGGCUGCCGCUGAAGCAAAAGAUUGGUGUUGCCGUGUCUGUCCAUGGGUGCCCUGUGAGUAUUCUUCCGGCUACUUGUUGCGCUGCCAAGGAAAAGGCAUCUUGCUGA